ACCUCUUGGCGGUCUAGUCCAUUUGGUCAGUAGAAGGGGAUCCGAGAGGAGGAACAGGGCGGUGUAGGCGGCGCGGCGGUGGCGGAUCGGUGGUAGUCCUAGCAUGCCGACUGAUUUCCCCGUCUCUCCAGUGAGCAGACUGCCAAUCUUCUCAGAUGAGGCAUCUAGUGCGGCGAAGGUGCUAGGUAUGAUUGGCACAGGGAGGAGUGGGGGAGGGGAGGGUUUCAGCUAAUGGAUCGCGCGGAGGCAUCGUCUGUGGAUUGGGCAUCAGUUCACGGGUGAACUGUUCUAAUCUGUUCGGAGAGGAAGCAAGUGUUGAUGCUAGGUGCGGUGGGUUGUCCGCGUUCAGCGAGAGCGAGGGCGACAACACUAAAAAAAUUGAGAAUGGAGGCCACCAAUCUCGUGCUGAUGGUCACCAGGAAGCUAUUAUUUGCGAUAGAGCAGAAAGUGCAGAUGUAGGUUCUGCUCAAUCUACAGGAAAGGCUGAUCCUCAGGCCCCAGGGUGCACGAAGAGGGUAAGAGUUGGUAAACAGCUUCUAGACAAAGCUCCGUGCGCUGAAAGAGUAGGAGCGCUGGAGAAGACCAUCAGGGGCUAUGCCAAAACACUUGGGGAUUGUGUGGUUGAGCCAUCAGUUGGUCUAACGUUCGACUCCUUGGGCGAGGCGUACGAUUUUUUCAAUUUGUAUUCCUGGGAGCUGGGUUUCGGCAUAAGGUACGGCAAGAGCAGGCUUAAUUCAGAGAAGACAAAAUGCAUGCAGGAGGUUGUCUGCGGGUGCUCGCAUAACAGCCGUUCAUGUCGUUGCUAGUUCCCAGCAAUGAUAAGGCUGCUCUGGACAUCUGACAAUGGCUGGUACAUCACAGAGCACAGGGCAAAUCAUAACCAUGCUUUAACGCAAACAUGUGGUGAGAAGAUCAAUGUCGAGCAAUGGAGAUUGUGAUCAGGAAUGUGCUACCGACAACCACGCAUCGCUGGUGCAAGUGGCAUGUGCUGAAGAAGUGCAAGGAGACACUGGGUCCAAUGUACACGAAACAGAGUGACUUCCGAGCAGAGUUUCACAAGGUUGUCAUCCACAUGUUGACAAUUAACGAGUUCGAUGACGCUUGGAAAAUGCUAAUAGAGAAAUACAGUUUACAGAGUCACACAUAUAUGACCCAAGUCUAUGAGAUAAGGGAGGAAUGGGCUAAGCCUUAUUUUCAGGGGGUAUUUUGUGCGAAAAUGACUAGCACGGAGAGGAGUGAAAGUGCCAACAGUAUGCUGAAAACAUAUGUGCUGCCAGGGUGUCCAAUGCACAUGUUUGUGAAACACUAUAUGCGUCUCCAGUCCGCGAGGGACGCAGAGGAGAGUUAUGAGGAAAAGCGUAAUAAAGUGGCCGGAGUUGUGUUCAAGUGCAAUAUGUCAACAGAGAGACAUGGCAGCAAGGUGUACACAUGUGCAAUGAUCGAGCAGCUAGGUGAGCUGCUCUACCAAGCUAACGCAUAUCGAAUUGAAGAGUUGGAUAAGGGUAGAUUGUACAGAGCCACACACACGCAGGCUGAGAUGCGCGAGAAGUGGGCAAGGGGAGUUUACGAAGUGAAGAUGCUGGAUGAUGGUCGUUUAUUUGAGUGUGAAUGUGGUCUGUUUGAACACAUGGGCAUGCCGUGCUGCCACAUGCUAAAGGUUAUGGAUGUUCUUGGUUACACUGAGAUCCCGGAGAAGUUGAUAUUGAAGAGGUGGACAAGGGAUGCAAGGGAUGUUCUUCUGUCUCAUUUGCAAGUCUACCAAAGAGGCCAUGCAAGCAGUAGGAUAAUGACACACCGGCACACAAGUCUAUACGUGCACGCAAUGGAGUUGGUCCGUCUGGGCGAUGCAUCCGUAGAAGCCUAUGAGAAAGGGAUGAGAAUCAUUAGGGAUGGUAUUACUGCUCUUGCUGGCUAUGAAUCCCAGAGGGACGGGCUAGCUUUGGAGGACAGGCCUGAAGCUCACCGUGGUGCCGGAGAAAAAUGCGAUGAUGGUGGACUUGUUGCACCCGUAGAAAGGCAGCAGAUGGAUGUUGAUACUUUCGCUGGCCUAGAUGCUCCGGAGAAGAGAAAGAAGCAAGGGCGCCCAACAAGCAGCCGCGAGAAGGCUCCGUAUGAACAGUUGAGUAAGAGGACAAGGUUCUGCCGCAUAUGUAGAGGGAGUGGGCACAAGAAAACGACAUGCCCGGAGCGCGGUGAUCACCCGAAGAAUCCCAGGAAGCAGGCAAAAUGCAGCAACUGUGGUGUAGAAGGACACAAGCAUAACACCUGCACGAAUGCAUUUGCUGUUAAGUUGCAUGCGGGUGGUGUUUAAUUGCGAUGCCCUCUGACAGUUUUUUCCAUAGGUUAUUUUAGAACGUUUUAUGUUUGUAGAGUGAAUUGAUGUGUGACUAGAUGAGCUUAAUUCCCACCGUAUUGUUGUUGACCGUUAUGUAUUCCGAAGCAAACAGUUGCAAAGGAGGCAUGGAAGAUUUGGAACUGCGUGAGCGAAUGGAAGGGCUCUGUGAGAUACGUACACUGCUUGGCCAUUAUGUGUUUUUUUCUUUUUCCGUUUACUCUGUGGCUGCGACUUAAGGGUUUGAAUUUUGAAUUUUGAACUACUGGACAGAGCUGUUGCGCUAGGUUGGUUCAGAUAGGUGGGGCACUAAACAGGGGAGGCUCUCUGCCUUUAAAUAUGGUCCAGCCGCAUAGCGUGCUCCCGAGUACAGUUCACACGCCAAAUACUCAAAAAAGCUCGAGGUACCAAGCUAGACAUCCGGGGGAGACAGAAGAUAAUGGUGCCGUCCAUCAGUUGGCCGAGCUCCGGCAUCCUCACCGAGGGGUUUGUCUGGAGCCUCGACAGUGACCUGUUUGCACAGUGGCUGGGCUUGUCUAACAGCGGCGUACAGUGCAUCGCGGGAGGCGGCAGCUCGGUUGAUGGUCAAGAUGGUCAGAGCAUGGGCGAGGUGAACCAGGGGGCGGAUCAGGCGGCUGAUGAUCUCGUGGAGGUUGAAGCUGCCCCUGCAGAUGUUCUUCCAGAUAACCAGGACGGAGCAGCCGUGGUGGAGAACCAGGCGGUAGAUUUCGGGCUGGAGGUGGUGGCGGAGCAUGACCUGGACGCGAAGGGAGAGGAUGGAUUGGUGGAGUCGGCAGAGCUUGAGGAGUUCGAUGAGUCAGUGAUGUUUUGGAGUGGUGAGGAGGAGUCUGAGGAUGAAGAUGAGGUGUGCUCCUCCGCGCAGAAGCGUCCUCAUCCGAACUAGUUUCAAGAAAGACGACAUAAUCUGAUAAUUGAUCGGUCGAAAGUAGUUUAGAGUAGUAGAAGUUAGCAUGUGUUUAGCACUUGCUAGUUGUUGACUUACUGUCAACUGUUUGGGAGUCGUCCGGUAUUUUGGAUGUGGCAACACAUGGUUGUAAUAUCUUAUCGAUCGGUCCCAUGUUUGGAAAAGUCGCUCACUUUCCAUGAUGGCGCUAGAAAAGCGCUCAUUACAAAUGAGAGUCUAUAUGAUUCGACUUU